GGCCAUCGCUGAGUGAGGAAGGUUUCAGUAGCCGGGUAAAGCUCGUCAGGUUGCCCCGUUUAAACGUCUACAGAGAUAAUCUCGACAAAUCUACCGUUCAGAGGCUCUUCUAACUGAAAUUGGUCGGGCAAGAGAGGCAAAAGGCAGGUGGACGAAUGGAUAUCAGCUCAAUUUUCUUGUUACUCUCAGUGUGUGGGACAACUUGGGCCUUCACACUGGACUUGGACUAUGGAGGUGUACCACUCUGGAUCAACCGUUUUUUGGGAGAGCCGAGUGUGUUGACUUUGAAAGAUCGGAUGGAUCCCGGAUGGUUUCGUGCUGUUAACACACAAAGUUGUCCUUUGGAGUGUGACUGCCCUAUCCAGUGGCCAACAGCUCUUUAUUGUGACCACAGGGGCCUUACCCAGCUUCCCUCUGGCCUUCCGUCCCACACACAGUACAUGUUUCUCCAAGGGAAUAAUAUAACUAUCCUUGGAUCCAGAUCGCUCGCCAAUGCCACAAACUUGCGCUGGUUGAUCUUGGAUCGCAAUCAGCUACUGAGUGAACAACUCUUUACCCGCUUGGUAAAUCUUUUCAUAAAUAAUAAUAACCUGACAAGGGUGCCAGUCGGACUGCCUAGUGGAAUUAAGCAGCUGCGACUCGCAUAUAAUCGCAUCGAAAAAAUUUCUGAAGGUGCUUUCCAAAAUCUGGACAAUUUAACAUUACUUUUGUUACAAGGUAAUCGUCUGACGACUAUUGAAGAGGGCGACUUAAAAGGUCUUGGAGUCCUCAACCUCCUGGAUCUUAGUCACAACCUCCUGGAGACUUUUCCCAAACAUCUGCCUCCAUCUGUCCAGCAGCUUUACCUCUCCAACAACUCUCUGACUGGCCUGACCGGAAACAGCCUUCAUGGUUUUAAUGGACUCCGUUAUCUACGGCUCGGACACAACAAAUUGAGGAAUGAAGGGCUUGACCCUGGUGCAUUUAACCUCACAUCUCUGGUAGAGCUGGAUCUUUCGUAUAAUCAGCUGACAGAAAUCCCAACAGUUCCCACCACCCUUCAGUACCUCUACCUUGAGGUUAACGAUAUCCAAGAGUUCAACGUGAGCAGUUUCUGCAGGACAACAGGACCCACAUCAUAUUCACGUAUGAAGAUUCUGAGGCUGGACGGUAAUAAAUUGGAGUAUCACAAGCUGCCCCCUGAUUGGGUGUUCUGUCUACGUGUCCUCCAUAACAUUUAUAUUUGAUCUAAUAUAAGCAGUCAAUGUCUUAAGCAGCUCUCCAUUUUUAGGCUUUCUGAACACUUAGCAUGCA